GAAAAAUUGGUUCAUAUUUUAUAACGAGAACUGAGUCAUCACAAAGCGCUACAUAUAACGAGGAAGAUAAUAAUUGCUAAAGGUUGAAUUUGCAUAAAUAUACUACGACGGUUUUUGAAAUCGAAUGCAUAGCUAUAUUAUACUAGGGAAUACCUUAGACAAUGCUAUGUAUUUCAAGAUAAUACAAAAUUACAAUAAGAUUGAUAUAAGGUUUGUUAUAACAACUUUUAAUAUAUUUUAGAUGGCGUACGCAACAUCAGAGCCGAAUGUGACGUAUGUCCACUAUUUAGAGACACAUCCCAUAGAAACGUCAUUCUUGAUCGGCGUCAUGCUUAUCAUUAUCAUAAUUGGCACUGUAGGAAACAUCUUCAUCAUAGGAGCCGUCGCUGUUACUAAAAGCCUUAGGACAACGGCUAAUUAUUUCGUUAUAAAUAUGGCUAUAUGUGAUGUAAUUCUAGCAGGGCCAGUCAAUAUUUUCUUUGUAGUGGCUAUAUUCACCGGCGAACGAUGGUUCGCUAUUAGGAAAGAAUUCUGCGGCGCUUUGGCGUUCCUAUGCCUCAGUGCUUGUUUGGCGUCUCUUGCCUGCGUUGCGUUCAUCGCCAUCAAUCGCUAUGUGUGUAUAUGUAAGAGCAGCGUCUACCCCACAAUUUUUAGUAAGCGCAAUACUAUCGUCGUCAAUAUCGUUAUAUGGUUGUACAGCAUGUGGCUCAAUUUUGCUGUCUUUGGCGGCUGGGGCAGGUACACGUACGAUCGGAAGAUGAUUGGUUGUGUUUGGGACCGCAUGGAACAUCGCGCCUUCAGCUUAAGCUUCCUUGCAGGGGUAUUUAUCCCUAUUGGAAUUGUCGCCAUCUGCAACGCACUUAUAUUCUGGAAGGUCUAUCAGACUAAGAGGAAAAUAGCAGGCGUCGGAAAGGAAGGUGAUAAAAAGAUGGACAAAGAGAUUAAACUAGCCAAAGUUUUGUUUCUGGUCUUUUUGAUUUUUCUUAUGAUGAAUUCGCCAUUUAUUGCAGUCAUCCUCUUCGACUCCGCCGAUGUUUUCCCCGUUCUCGUGUAUGUCAUCGUAGUCCAAUUAAUGCACGGAAAUGCAAGUGGAGUAAAUUGUUUUGUUUAUGGGGUUAGCAAUAAAGCAUUCAGAGAGGGUUACAAAAACUUUUACUAUAAGAUGUUUGGAGUGUGUGGAGUCAAACGUUCACUUGCAAAUCCGGCAAAUGAUAACAGCAUGACGAAUUAUAGCACAGUCGUUCCAAAUGUAGAAACUUGAAUGUGAAACGGGAUGUACACUUUUAACCAAUCUGGACCAAGCAAAUAUGAUCACUGGUGGAGGUCAAAUGAUCAUUGCUAAUCUUCUCGUGUGAUCUAUAUUUCUAAUGAUUUAAAUCAUUUCUGGCUCGUCAGAGAAUUUAUGUAUUCACAGUUCAUAUUGUCUAU